AUGGCUGCCUGCCAAGAGAUGAGGAUGGAAUCUGUGGUUUGUCCUAAGCCACGCCGCUUGGUUCUUCAAACCCUUCCUGAUAAUGACCCCAUCACUGCCCAUAGAUGGCCCAUCGGCCAUGCCAAGACUGGAAAUUCUAAAGCAGGAGCUGAAUUUCUUGAUAUGAUCCUCGCUAAGGAAAGUUUUGGUGAAAAUUUAAGCCACCAAUUGGCAACAUCUCCCCCAUUCUUUUGGGGGUCUCCACCAAGUAGGACUUCCAACCCUUUAGUCCAAGAUGAGCAAUUUGGUAAUGGUAACAAUAUCUACCAACUUUGUGAAGAACCCCCAUCUCCAUCAACCCAUAAAGGUGGAUGCACCCGUAUGAAAUUUGGGCAUCGACCUGCAGCAGUCCGAAUCGAAGGAUUCGACUGUCUCGACCGCGAUGCCCGAAAUUGCAGCAUUUCUGUUGUGGCUUAA